UGAAUUUUUCCCAACGCACAAACACACAUCUCCCCGUCAGAGAGAUUUUGCAGCGGAGAAAAUGGCAAAGAUUUCUGAGCAGAAAAUCCGCGGGGGUCAAUGAGAAUACUGAAACCCGAAUCGGAAAAUCUUUCUAUAAUCGUCGCGUUUGGGGAGGUACAAAGAGAAGCCAACAAAAUUGAAGCUCACUAAUCUGUACACGCUGCUCCAGAAAGGUAUAUGCAUUGGAAGAAGCUGAGAUUGAUUGAGUGCUUUUUUUGAAUUCAAGAAGGUUUGGAAAUUGAGAGGGAGAGAAGAUGGGGAAGGCUACAAGGUGGUUGAAGGGCUUGCUGGGCAUGAAGAAAGACAAGGAAAAUGUGGAUAACUUUUCGAAUUAUGCAGACAAGAAGGAGAAGAAGAGAUGGAGCUUUGGCAGGCCAAGUAAAGAUUUAGGGGAUGUGGGGUCCCAGAUUCCGGCCAGUUUCGCCGCUGACAGAUCUUGGUUGGGAGCUUACAUGGCCGAGUCCGAGAAGGACCGCAACAGGCACGCAAUUGCGGUGGCUGCCGCCACUGCAGCCGCCGCUGAUGCAGCCGUGGCGGCUGCUCAGGCCGCUGUUGCAGUGGUGAGGCUUACCAGCCAAGGGAGAGGUGGUGGUGCUGUGUUCAAUGUAGGAAGGGAGAAGUGGGCUGCUGUCAAAAUUCAAUCUUUUUUCAGGGGUUUUUUGGCGAGGAAAGCUCUGAAAGCUCUAAAAGGAUUGGUGAAAAUACAGGCUCUGGUUAGGGGAUAUCUUGUUAGAAAACGAGCAGCUGCGACGCUUCAUAGUAUGCAGGCUUUGAUUAGAGCUCAGGCUGCUGUUCGGUCUCAAAGAGCCCGUCGUUCGAUGAACAACGACAACAACAGAUUCCAGGCUGAAACGCGAGCUAGGAAGUCCAUUGAGAGGUUUGAUGAGUGCAGAAGCGCGUUUCAUAGUAAGAGGCUCUCGACGUCGUAUGAUGCUGCGCUGAGUGGACUGGACGAGAGCCCGAAAAUUGUGGAGAUUGACACAUACAAGCUGAAAUCUAAGUCGAGAAAUGCCUGCUUGUCUGAUUGUGGCGUGGAUGACCAGCAUUACUACCACGCGGUCUCCUCCCCUCUCCCGUGUCCAGCUCCCGGGAGACUAUCCAUCCCCGACAGCCGCCAUUUCCACGAUUUCGACUGGAGUUUCCUUGGCGACGACUGCAAGUUCCCCACUGCACAAAACACCCCCCGUCUCGGGGGCUCUGGCAGGACGAACGCCCCGCCCACGCCAUCCAAGAGCGUGUGCGGGGACGCCUUCUUCCGCCCGUACUCCAACUUCCCGAGCUACAUGGCCAACACGCAGUCGUUUCGCGCGAAGCUGAGGUCUCACAGUGCUCCGAAACAAAGGCCCGAGGCCGGGCCAAAGAAGAGGCUCUCACUGAAUGACAUAAUGGCAUCAAGAAGUAGCUUUACUGGUGUUAGAAUGCAACAAACCCCUUGUUGUUCUCAAGUUCAAGAAGAAUAUGGCUUCUGAUAACAAAAUUUUUCAUUGUUUUUAGCUUUCUCUCUGCUCUCUUUCUUGUUGCUGCUACCUUAGCACUAUGGUCAAGACUUAACAAUCUUGUUGUUGCAUAGAAAUGGCCAUUUUGUGUAUAGAGAAGAUUCAUCUAUGAAAACAGGCCUUCUUGUUCUCUCAGCUCUAUAUUAUAAAUGGAUAAUUUAUAAGAAA